GCCGUUUGAACCGUGGAAUAGAGUGGUACGACACCCUCUCCCGUGUGCGAUUCCUCUCUCCCUCCGCCGCCACCCUCAACGUUCCACUCAAUAGGCUCAUUAACUUGCGCUUUGUCUGCGGGCUUCGACUCCAGACCUAUACCUUAACGACCACAACCGUUCUAGACCUCUUGCUACUGUACACACUGCAAAAAUAAUCAUGGGAGCCAUGUCUAUGCUGGCGUUGCUUGUCACGCACCCUCUAGAGUUCCGCACGCUUUUGCAGUAUUACCUCUGGCACGACCAACGCGAUGUUUCGGCAGACCACGAGCGAGAGAGCACCGGCUGGGACCGGGAGACCAUGCGGAGGUGUUGGCAUUUUCUGGACAAGACCUCCCGUAGCUUUGCCGCGGUAAUUAAACAGUUGGAGGACGAUCUAGCUCGUGUAGUAUGUUUGUAUUAUCUCGUUCUUCGUGGUUUGGACACCAUCGAAGACGACAUGACAUUACCAGAUGAGAGGAAACAGAAGGUCCUCCGUUCGUUCCACGAAUUGACUUUAACCCGUGGUUGGUCGUUCGCCGAGAAUGGUCCCGAGGAAGCCGACCGUCAGCUCCUCGUCGAGUACGACAAAGUAGUCGACGAACUGCUUUUGCUCCCUCCCAAGUAUCUCGCUGUCAUUGUCGAGAUCACGAAAAAGAUGGAAGUAGGUAUGGCGGACUAUGCACACAAAGCAGCAACGACAGGUUCGGUCUACCUCGAAAAGAUCGAGGACUGGGAUCUUUACUGUCACUACGUUGCCGGCCUUGUGGGUGAAGGUAUCUCCGGGCUCUUCUCUGCCUCAGGGAAAGAAGCACCAUUUAUCGGCGAACAACUCGAACUAUCGAACUCCAUGGGCCUGUUCCUUCAGAAAACCAAUAUCAUUCGUGAUUAUCGGGAAGAUGUCGAAGAACACCGGUACUUUUGGCCAAGGGAGAUCUGGGGUGCGGAGCGCUUUGGAAAAGCUUGUGGUGGUCGACCUGGGUUCAAGGAGAUGAAGGAGAUGUAUGAGCCUGGGAACGAGAAGCAGGCCCUCUGGGUUCAGAGUGCUCUGAUUUUGGAUGCGCUGAGACAUGCGACGGAUUCGUUGGAUUAUCUCAGGUUAUUGAAGAACCAAAGUAUUUUCAACUUCUGUGCAAUCCCUCAAUCUAUGGCGAUUGCGACGCUGGAGUUGUGCUUUAUGAACCCCACGAUGUUCCAACGAAAUGUCAAGAUCCGUAAAGCGGAGGCUGCCUCCCUCAUAAUGCGUUCAACGAACCCUCGAGAUGUUGCAUGCAUCUUCCGAGAAUACGCCCGUAAGAUUCACCACAAGUCUGUACCCGCAGACCCAAGCUUUGUCCAUAUAGCCGUCGCAUGCGGAAAGAUCGAGCACUGGUGUGAACAAUACUAUCCCUCCUUCGUCCGUAUGGUUUCAUCUGGUGGAGCCGCAACACAACAGUUCAAUCCUUACGAUGCGCGUACUCAAGUAGCCGUUGCCAACGAGGAACGCGAUCGCGAGCUCUGGCUUGAAAAGCGCAAACAGGACAUCCUCGCGAAGACCAACGGUACCGAUCUUGCUGGCAAACUGAAGAACCAGAACCAGGACACAGGUUCAACGUUCGAGCUGCUCGCCUACGUCGGAAUUGUCUUUGCGCUCAUUGGAGCUGUGAUCAUUGGUGGCGUGUACUUUUUGAUAUAUUACCUGGACGCGUAGAGUUCAACUCUUGUGUUCGUGCGUACGUGGAUGAUGGGAUACCAAUGCUUGGGAUGUACUCUUAAAAGGAUUCUUUCACGUUGCGUUGACGGACUUUUAUCACUUUUGCUUAGAUCUGUGACGUUAAAAGUCGUUGUGAAUGAUACCAUAAUAAUACGCGACAUUGAAAAGACCCAUAGGACAUGAGUGAAAUAUAACAUAUAUACAAUAAACGUCCUGACAAUGCAUGACAGAGUCCAUAAUGCAUAAGGCAGUAUUCAAAGUGUCUGAUCUAAAUAUUGCGAGAUCACUUCUUGCGUUUCGCGGCUUGAAGAAGACCGCAUUAGUCAGGGCUCUAACAACAUGAGUUUACGGAAUUCGACUUACGACCUG